AUGUUAUGGCAACAAGCCAUAAUCUUUGCAUUCAACGAGGACUUUACAGGAGUUCUUGGAGGCAAAAGGAUCCUCAGCGAAGAAGAUUCCGGCCCUAUCGUUAGCCGUAAGACCAUUACCUCCAUCCUUGAAAAGUCAGUAGUUGAUCGAAUUGAAUCAAAGAAGAAGAUCAAGAAGCUCCAGGACGCUGCAAAUGCUCCUAGCACGGCUAUCCACCGCCGAUACUGGCUUACACUGUUUAAACAAUUUGCACAGGCCACACUGAAUAUCAAUAAACGCCUAGAUCCCACUCCAACAGGUGAUGACAUUGCUCGCUUCCUCACUCAACUGCCUGACCACCUUCAAUCAAGACACGACGACGGCAAGAUUGCAUGGACCUUGAUCAAAGGUGCUAGAGUCCAGCUAGAGCGUGCACUCGCAUUUGAGCACGAAUACUUCAAGUUGUCCAAAAGGGAUGGUAUUCGACUAGAUGCCACGAUUCAACAACUUCUCAAUGAUGGGAAGAUCACUAAGGAACCCGUGCGGUGUCAAUCGCCAACACCUUCGUACAAGGGUUGGUAUCAUCUCCCAGCCUCCUGUACACUGUAG